AUGGGUAAAGAGAAGACACAUAUAAAUUUGGUUGUAAUUGGUCAUGUAGAUAGUGGUAAAUCUACAACUACAGGUCAUUUAAUAUAUAAAUUAGGUGGUAUAGAUAAGCGUACGAUAGAAAAGUUUGAGAAGGAGAGCUCAGAGAUGGGUAAGGCAUCAUUUAAGUAUGCAUGGGUAUUGGAUAAGCUAAAGGCGGAGAGGGAGAGAGGAAUAACAAUAGAUAUAGCUCUAUGGCAAUUCGAGACACCUACCUUUCAUUAUACAGUUAUAGAUGCACCAGGACAUAGAGAUUUUAUUAAGAAUAUGAUUACAGGAACCUCUCAGGCAGAUGUAGCUCUUCUUGUUGUUCCUGCUGAUCAAGGUGGAUUCGAGGGUGCAUUCUCUAAGGAAGGACAAACAAGAGAACAUGCAUUAUUAGCAUUUACUUUAGGUGUAAAACAGAUGAUUGUUGGUAUAAAUAAGAUGGAUGCAACAACACCAGAUAAAUAUUCAGAGAAUAGAUUCAAUGAGAUACAAGCAGAAGUAUCCCGUUAUCUAAAGACAGUAGGAUAUAAUCCAGAAAAAGUACCAUUUGUACCAAUAAGCGGAUUCAUGGGGGAUAACAUGGUAGAAAAAAGUUCUAAUAUGCCAUGGUAUAAGGGUAAGACAUUAGUAGAGGCAUUAGAUAGUGUUGAGCCACCUAAGAGACCUAGUGAUAAGCCCCUACGUCUCCCCCUACAAGAUGUAUAUAAGAUAGGUGGUAUAGGUACUGUACCUGUAGGUCGUGUAGAGACAGGUAUACUUAAGCCUGGUAUGGUAGUAACAUUUGCCCCUACAGGUCUACAAACAGAGGUAAAAAGUGUAGAAAUGCAUCAUACACAAUUAGAGCAAGCAGUACCAGGAGACAAUGUUGGAUUUAAUGUUAAAAAUGUAUCUGUUAAGGAUAUAAAAAGGGGACACGUAGCAUCAGACUCUAAGAACGAUCCAGCAAAAGGUGCAGCAUCCUUCCAGGCCCAAGUUAUUGUACUACACCAUCCUGGACAAAUAAAUGCUGGAUAUACACCUGUACUAGACUGCCAUACUGCACAUAUUUCCUGUAAGUUUGCUGAGCUAGAGAAGAGACUAGAUAGGAGGAGUGGUAAGUCCCUAGAGGAUAACCCUAAGUUUAUCAAGACAGGAGACGCUGCUAUCAUCAAGAUGGAGCCUAGUAAACCUAUGUGUGUUGAAUCUUUUAUUGAAUAUCCUCCUCUAGGUAGAUUUGCUGUUAGGGACAUGAAACAAACUAUUGCUGUUGGUGUUAUUAAGGCUGUAGAGAAAAAAGAUGCAGGAGGUAAAGUAACAAAAAGUGCACAAAAAGCUGCUGCUAAAAAAUAA